AUGACGGUGAAGAUAAGGCUCGCUCGUUUCGGUUGUAAACAUCGUCCCUUUUACCGUGUUGUUGCCGCCAAUGACAAAUCUCGUAGGGACGGGAAAGACGAAGAUGCGCAAAGAAUCAGUCUCAAAUUCGACAGGAUCAAGUACUGGUUAUCUGUUGGAGCUCAACCAACAGACACGGUCGAAAACAUGCUUUUCAGGGCCGGUUUGAUUCCUCCAAAGUCUAUGGUAGUAAUGAAAAAUGGAUCUACAGACAAGCAUGUUUCACCCAUUACAGGUGAAAUCUUGAACUGA